AUGGCGUUCAAAGGGCAGAACUCGCGAGCCGUUGCUGCGAAAGAGCGCAAGCGCAGCGCGGCCGAAGAGAAGCGGGUGCUCGAAGAAAAAGCCAAAGAAGACCUACAGUGGGUCGACGACGACAAGAUCCUCGCGCAGAAACAACGGCGCAAACGCGAAGCUGAGGAGAAGCAGCAGCGCAAACUCGAGCGCAAACAGGACAAGAAGCAGCUUGAAGAGGAAGAAAUUUUGCAGACGCAGUUCACUGCGCUGCGCGCCGAAUUUCCCACGCUCAAACGCUCGCAGCUGUUGGAACGCGUGCAAAAACUGUGGAAGACGUCUCCUGCGAAUCCGUAUUCACAAAAAAAAUGA